AUCUAUUUAGAUCAGAUUGGUCAAGAUCAAACUCUGCUCAACCAUUUCGUAAUCUUUUUAACUCGUUGCGGUUACUUCUCAAGAGAGGAGUCGGAGAGAGAUUGAACGAAGCGGCAAAGUUUCUUCGGGACACAACUGUAGUUUGAGAAUAAAUGGACCGAAUAUCGGGUCUGCCAAAAGGUAUACUUCAUGACAUCCUCGGAAGGUUACCAGACAAAGAUGCUGCUAGGACUAGUGUUUUGUCAAAGGCAUGGAGAGAAACAUGGUUUUCAUUUCCCAAAUUGUCUUGUUGCUGCCACAAUUUUUUUAGUUUACGUGGCAAAUUAGACAGGUUCAUUCAGUAUGUCAGUAAAAGAUUAACUAGGCUCCAUGACCAAGGCUUAGCAAUCAAAGAAUUUAAGCUCAUGUUAGACCAUACAUUAGACUAUGUCCCUGCGUCCUGCCAUAUUGAUCAAUGGAUACAGAUGGCUAGUGAAAGUGGUGUCGAAGUACUAGAGCUUUACCUCACUGGUAACUUUGCGAAAAGACAUUAUAACCUUCCACUUUGUCUUACUGAAGCCAAGUCACUUACUAAGUUGGUGUUGAGAGAGGGGACUAGACUUGACUCCGCAUUGCUAAACCAUUCGCUCAAGUUUUUCUCAUUGAAAACAUUGUCUUUGCGUCAUAUACUUCUUGAAGAUGAAAGGAUUAUCGAGCAUUUCAUUUCACAUUGUCCUUUGAUUGAGCAUUUAACUCUUCAUUCUUGUUAUGUAUAUAAUAACCCUUCACGUUCUAGCACUAUGACCUCUUUGCUGAAAUCUUUAAGCUUGCAAGGUCUACAAAAGCUGAAGGACGUUGAUAUCCAAGGAAUACAAGAGGUAUAUAUUGAUGCUCCGAAUCUUGAGAACUUAUGCUAUCAUGCUCCUUAUAUGGUUACACCUUUCAAGCUGAAUUUGGAUAGUUGCACAAAUUUGAGAUGGUUGACCUUGUGGAAUUUGAAGAUCCCAAACAAGUGGUUCCUUGAACAGUUUUAUAGGAUUCCUUUCCUUGAGAGUUUGAUGUUGCAUAGUUGCUCGUUUGAGCAUGAAAGGAUUAAUAUUCCAAGUCCUGAACUGAAGUUCUUCAGUUUAUCACAUUGCUCUAACUUGAAGGAGGUCAACAUUGAUGCUCCAAAUUUAUUAUCCUGUGAGUAUGUCGGGAAAGACAACCCUGUCAUAUCUUUUCUGAGAAUUUCUAAUCAACUUGAACUGAAUGCUCAUUACGAUAUGAUGCCAUUUUCGAUUACAGAAAUCCUGGGUCUGAGUGUAUUGCAAGUUUCAUCACCUCCUCCAAGUAUUAAACAUGUUCAAUUACGUUUUCCUAUGAAUAUGGAAGCUCGCUACUUUCCCCUUAUGAAUUGGCUGCUUUCAAGUUGCUUCCCGAAAACUAUUUCAUUCUGCUUGCAAUCUAAAUUUAACAUGAAGGCAUUCGUUGUGUUUUUCUAUGAGAUGCUGAUGGAUAGAAAGAAGCACGGGUGCUAUCUCCGUUCAUGGAGCAAGCCGUGUUGUUGGCAUGGGUUGAAGGUUGUGAAGGCCACACAUUUAGAAAGGACUUGUGAAAAUGUUGAAGAUCUUAAGGCCAUGUUAGAUGCAUUGCCAGAAUCCCCUGUUGAGGAAUAUAUCACUUUUGGCUUAGAGUUGUAA